AUGAGCAAGACUAAUGGAAGCAGCAUAAGAAGUGGAGGAGGAAGCAGCAUUAGAGGAGGAAGUGUUGCUCAACAACAACAACAAUCAGUGGACGAUGCAUAUAUUGCCGAUCAAACACAACAGAUGAGACUGUCGGAGGAGAUUGAUGAAGGUCUGAUCGAAUCGGAGGAGGCCACUGAUAUCGAUGUAAAGGGCCUAUCAUUGCUCGAACAGAUUGGUGCAGGUUCCUACGGUCUAGUCUACCGCGGCACAUACUUCCGAUCAGAGGUGGCCAUCAAAAAGAUACGACCAGGUGAACAUCAACGCGAACUCGAGAAGUAUCUAAAGAGAGAGAUUGCUGUCCUUAAGAAUAUACAACAUCCUAAUAUAGUACAAUUCAUUGGGGUGUAUUAUGAGAAGACUGAUCAUAAUAUGACAUUCUUGACUAAUCAGACUUGGAUCGUGACAGAGUAUGUGCCGGGUGGCAACCUACACGAGAAGAUCAAAGAUGUCUCCAAGCCAUUCCCUCUAUCACUUCGAUUCAAAUUGGCAUUGGAUAUUGCAUUGGCCAUGGCAUACCUUCAUAGUCGAGAUAUACUAUUCAGAGACUUAAAGUCAAAGAAUAUACUCAUUGAUGAUACUAGCUCACCGAUCAGAGGCAAGGUGUGUGACUUUGGCUUCGCCAGGAUCGUCAAGAACAAGAACAGACACUUGUCCAUCUGCGGAACCGAUGACUUUAUGGCACCCGAGGUGAUACUUGGAAUGGAUUAUGACGAGUCAGCUGACAUCUUCUCAUUUGGAGUCGUGCUGUUGGAGUUGGCAACAAGACGAAGGAUCAGCAAGGAGAUUGAAAGAGGACCACACAACGCAUUCGAGAUACACGAGGAUAUUGCACGCGACUUAAUACCCGAGUCGAUACCGGGACUGUUCACAGAGUUGAUCAUCGAGUGUAUCAAAUACAAUCCAACCGAUCGACCAAGCUUCCCGCACAUCAUCCACAGCCUAAAGCAACUUGUAGCACUAUAUCCAAUCCCUCAGCCAAUCGACAAUCCAAUGUCGCCACACUCGUCGCCCAUCAUCCCACGCAAGAACUCCAAGGCGGCCAAUCUGCCGCCUGCCCUGGAGAACCUGCUGCGCAAGAGUUUGGACCUCAAGCCCAUCUCGGCACCACCAUCGUCUGCGUGUGUCGAGUCCACGUCGACCAGCAACAAUGAGAUGGACUCAAGGCCGCUCACAUCGAGUGCGUCGGCAUCCUCAUCAUCGUCCAUCCAUCACAGCAUCAACAAUCGACCGAAUAACGAAUGUAAUAUCACCAACCAACAAGAACAUGAACAUCAACAACAACAACAAUGUAGCAAUAGUAGUAUUAGUGGCAACAAUGUACAGGAUCAUCAAUCGACGGCGCAGCAACAGCAAAAGACUCAAUGUCCAGAGGACACCACCACGACAGAGGAGGUCAACGACGACCACAUUGCCAUUGGUGGCGACGAUGAGCUGGAGCUCGACGACGAGGAGAAGGAGCGCAAGGUGCAGUAUCUAAAGUCGCGCAUGUUGGAUGUGCUGGUGGAACUGCACGCUUACAUGGACAAUCAGUGUCGCGAGCUACUGGCCAUCACCGAGGAGGACCAGAUCACUGAGCUGUACGACGAGUGUCGCAAGGUGAUCGAGGUGCGCAAGGUGCUGUGCGAGGUGGUUGUAGACGACGUGCCGCCCACCACGCCCAAGAAGAGCCAGCAGCCGACGAGCCGCGUUGGCAUCUUCCUCAAGUCGAUGGACAAGUCGCUCCAGGAGAUAUUCGUCGGUAUCGAGUUGCUCAAAGUGCGAAUCGAGCGUGAGGACACCCUACUCGGAUCGAUCUUCCUAGCCAGGGCUGUGUCCAAACUCAAGAGGAUAUACCAAUCAAAGAUGUUGGAUUGA